UGACUGUUGUUUUUCAUUAGGUUUCUAUUUCCCCGCUUUUGAACACGAUUUGUGAACAUGAAUUAAAUAAAAUAUUUACAUUUAACAGGGGAUAUAAUUGGCCUGUGGAUUUUAUUGAAUUUCCUUACACAACUGCUUACCUGAACUGUGGAUGGAGCCAUUCUCACUCCCAGCCUGAUGUGGCGCUACAAUUUAUAUGUGGUGUUGGACAUCAAUUCUCGCGCUGCGCCAAUCAAUUCUGCUGGUCACUACACGAAGAGAAAAUGGAGAACUGACCGAAUAUUCAGUCGUACAGAACGAAAACGUGGUCAACAAGUUUGUGCAGUGAUGCGUUGAUAUGCUGCUGUUGUAAACAGAGAGGAAUUCUCGAAACUACAGUGUCAACAGCCUCACAGAAGCAGACUUUGUGUCUGAGGGCAGGGAGAGACUCCAGCUAUGGAAGACAGCACAAGCCCAGGGCUGCCUCUACCCUCUGGGCAUGGGGCCGCCCAAGAGCCUGCCGAGAGCAGCUCGCAAGUAACCGUAACCGACGACAACAAAGACGAGCAGGAAGGCAAAGGCACUCAGUCAGGAGAUAAUGGUGGUGACGAGGAGAAACUAGAGGAGUUGCCCGGGAAACCAGCCAAACAAGCAGCUAGUCCCGCCAGCAGCGAGUUCAAGAAGACCUGGGGCUUCCGACGGACCACCAUCGCCAAGCGCGAGAUGCCGGGCGAGGCGGUGGCGGCGGCCGAGGGGCCAGUGAGGCGCAGCGGGCGCCAAGCCAAACGCACCGACAAGCUGGAGGAGUUCCUGCUCACCGCCAAGAGAGGCCGCGGGGGAGGCGGACGCCGAAGUGCCCCAGCCAACAUGGAGGGCGGUGGGGGCAGUAGUGGUGGGGACCCCCCGUCGCAGACCCCCACGGACAUAGAGACCGCCUCGGAGGCGAGCUUCGACGGCAGCGCUGAGGUCAAGAUGUCUGGGAGCAAGACGGCCUCGCAGAAGAAGAGGAAGACAGUGAGGAAGGGGCGGGGGCGCCAAACGAGAAGCACCAAAGCCAAACAGGAGGAAGAAGAGGAGGAUGAGGAGGAAGAAGAGGAAGGAGCCAGCGAAGAUGAGGGAAGCUCGGAGGACGAGGCAGCAGGCGGAGCGCAGGAUGCGCAGAUAGGAGUAGAGCAGGAGGAGAAAAAGCCGGAGAUCACAAUCGACGCAGCCGAAGGUGCUGCCACCCCAUCACAAGACGAGCAGGCAGAUGCAGAAAAGACAGAGGUGGUGAAAGAGGAAGAUGAGGCCGAAGAGGUGGAGGAGUGCAAGAAGAAGCUGGAGGAGACAAACAGGAACAGCAGGCCCAGCAGGAACCCAGCCAGAGCAUGCAAGGACUCCACUCCCUCCAAAAGAGACGAAGAUGACGAGGAUGAAGAUGAGUCAUCGUCGUCUUCGUCAUCGUCUGAUGAAGGCAGCUCAAACGAUGAAGGCUACGACCCUAAUGCUCUUUACUGCAUCUGCAGGCAGAAGCACAAUAAGAGGUUCAUGAUCUGUUGUGACCGUUGUGAGGAGUGGUUCCAUGGCGACUGUGUUGGCAUCACGGAGGCCCGCGGCCGACUGAUGGAACGCAACGGGGAGGACUACAUCUGCCCCAACUGCAAUGCCAGCAAAUGCCAGACCCCUCGCUCCUCAGCAGCCCCGUCGUCCCUUGGCACAGAGAACGGUCGCCGUAUCGCCCCGUCUGCGUCGAGGCGUGCCGAGCAUAGCCCGUCCGCCCUCAGCAGCCCGACAGCUGAAGAGAAGACCGGCGAAGACCUGGGAAUCAAAGGCAGGAUCGAGAAAGCCACCAACCCGAGUGGGAAGAAGAAAAUCAAGAUUUUUCAGCCGGGUUUUGGUUGUGAUGCCACAAAACACUACAAAAAAAAAAAAGAUGUGCGUGAUGGUGGGCCGACAUAUCCUCCAAUUUCUCCUCAGGCCGUGGGGACGGCGUCCUCGAAUCUCCCAAAAUGCAUUGGGCCGGGCUGUGGGCGGAACGCGCUGCCGGACUCCGUCUACUGCGGGAACGACUGCAUCCUGAGACACGCAGCGGCCGCCAUGAAGUCCAUCACCGACGUGAAGGAGCCCAAGAAGAAGGACAAGACCAAGGGGAAGAAGAAGAAGGCAGGCACAAAGCCCACUCCAAAGAAGACUGAGAAGAAGGCAGACGCGCCCGAGGACGACAAAGACCGCGAGGGCGAAGACCCCAGCAGCAGCGGCGGUGACCCAGCCAGCGCUGACGAAGAAGACCCGCACGUUGAGGAGCAGCCGCCGCCGCCCGCCAUGUCCUCCUGGUCCAGCGAUCAUAAUUACAAUGCCGUAACGCCAGAAAAGACUGCACCCGUUGCACCGUCUGUGUUAAACAAAGCGUCCUGUGAUUCAGUAAUGGAGGAGAAGGCAAGCGAAGAGGAGCAGAGUGACAAGGAGUCCGCCCCUGCAGAGAAGAAGCCCGUCACGCCCUCCGUCUCCCCCAAAGGACAGAAGAAGUCCCCUGGCCCCAAGGCCAAGGCUGGCUCCAAAGGCAAAGCAUCAGCUCCUGCACCCAGCGGAGGAAAAGAGGCCAAAAAGCAACCCCUGACCCCCAUUAAAUCCUCCAAGUCCAAAAGGUCAGGGCCUCCACCCCCGCCUGUCCCCACUCUUUCCCCAUCUGGACCUCCUGGUUCCCGCCAUCACGUCACAGGGGCGCUACGUGUAGCCAAGAGCACCUUCACCAUCCCCAAAAAGCAGCCUCAGCCUCAGCAGCAGCAGCAGCAGCAGCAUCAUCAUCAUCAGCAGCCUCAGCAUCAUCAGCAGCAGCAGCAUCAUCAGCAGCAGCAGCAUCAUCAGCAGCAGCAGCAGCAGCAGCAGCCUCAACAGCCUCAGCAGCAGACCCAGCCGAGGGAAGGUUCUGGAUCCAUGUCCUCGUCCACCACCAAGACCCCCCCAACCUCGUCCGCCUCCGCACCCCCCAGCCAGCCUCAUGCAUCCAAGACGUCCCAUCCACCCGGCCCGGCGCCACCGCCCCCUAACAACCAGAUGAGGCAGAAUAUCAGGCGCUCCCUGACAGACAUCCUCUACAAAAGGGUAAGUGACAGCGACGACUUGUCCAUGUCGGAGAGUGAGGUGGGGAAAUUGGCAGUCUCCAUAGAGAAGGAGAUGUUCAACCUCUACAUGAACACUGACAGCAGAUACAAGAACAAGUACAGAUCUCUCAUGUUCAACCUGAAGGACCCAAAGAACAAGGGACUGUUCUAUCGGGUGGUUGGUAAUGAGGUCAGUCCCUUCAGGCUGGUGAGACUGACACAAGAGGAGCUGCUCUCCAGAGAAACCUCUGGCUGGAGAAAACCAGAAUACACGGAGGAGAUGGGGAGGGGUCAGAUGGGACCUACCAAAUCAGGCCUCAGGCAGGAUACAGCGCCACCUGAUGUUGACAUGGAGGAGGCGCCACCCACGUCAGACCUAGAUGUAUGUAUCCCUGCCAGCUCUGCGACACCUCGCAUGGCUUCAGGGCCAGACCAGGAGGAGAGCCGUCCCCCUCCCGCCUUGGCCCCAGGCUCCAGCUCAGCAGGGAAGGCCGGCAGCGCGAUGCCUGACAUCUUUAGCAGCAUGCUCAAAGACACCACAGCCGAACACAGGGCUCAUCUCUUCGACCUCAACUGCAAGAUUUGCACUGGUCAGAAGUCAGCCGAUGACGAGCCAGCUUCCAAAAAGCCCAAGCUGUCCAUCCCCAAGAAGCCGGAGCCGGUCAAGGCCAAACUUGACCCACGCUCCUCCAAACCGCCCUACUCAGAGGGCCCACCCACCCUGCAGCCUGGCAGCGAGGCACCCGUCUACGAUUCUCCGAUGCCCAUGGUGGAUGUCAGCGCCAGUAUGCAUGUGCCACCGGUUGACCCAGCGCCCGUGGUUAUGCCGGCCAUCUCGUCUGUGUUGAUUACCCGCAGAGACCCGCGCACGGCGGGUCGCUCUGGCGUUAUGGUGACACAGGUCAUGCCAGAGGUGGUGGUCGCGCCUACUCCUGUGGCCGAGCCAGCCGUGCCAGAGGUCAAAGGACCUCUCCCGAUGCCACCGGCACCCCCUCCAUCCAUCCCCAGAUCUGUGACGUCAAAAUCGGCAGCUUCAAGUGCCGUAGACACCCACCCCCCGCCGGAGGGCGAAACGGCCAUCUUCCUGUCUGGACAGGAAAUGAUGUGGAAAGGGUUCAUCAACAUGCACACAGUGGCUAAGUUUGUCACCAAAGCAUACCUGGUCUCGGGCUCGUUUGAGCAUCUUAAGGAGGAUUUGCCAGACACCAUCCAUAUAGGCGGGAGAAUCUCCCCCCAUACAGUUUGGGACUAUGUGGGCAAACUGAAGACGUCCCUAUCUAAAGAGCUGUGUCUUAUCCGCUUCCAUCCCGCAACAGAAGAGGAAGCGGUGGCGUACGUGUCUCUCUUUUCUUAUUUCAGCAGCCGUAAGCGUUUUGGCGUGGUCGCAAACAACAACCGCCGCAUCAAAGACCUCUACCUCAUCCCGCUGAGUUCAAAGGACCCCCUGCCUUCCAAACUGUUACCCUUCAAUGGGCCAGGACUGGAGCCAGCUCGACCCAACCUUCUGCUGGGCCUUGUGAUUUGCCAGAAGGACAAGAAGAGAGCUGGCGCACCUCUGGAUGGCGAGGAGAAGCGGUCCAAAACAACCAGGGACCCCGACGUCACCGGCCUCCUUAAACAUGUGUCUGUGACCAAGUCUGAUGCGAAACAGGACAAAGCUACCCGGCACAGCCUGGACACCGUGAUCAGCACGACGCCCCCAGGCACCCCGCCCGCGCUAAGCAGCUCUGAGGCCGCGUCAAGUUCGUUAGCUGCCUCAAGCGUCUUCUCUCUCCUGUCCUCGAUCAAGGCAGGAGCCGCCUCUAUCCCUACAGGCAGAGAUUCCCCAUCUGCAUCCGGUUCCUCUGCCACGCCUCUCCAGACCAUCCUGAAGACACUGUUCGGCAAGAAAAAGCAAGAUUCAGAGGCUUCCAUGUCUCCAUCGGACCCGCAUUCAUCUGAAGUCACCAUGUCAGCCAUCCCCCUGCUGGACCCAAUUGUCCAACAGUUUGGUCAGAAGAAAGAAAAUGCUGCUGACGAGUAUGAAGAUGACCGACCCUAUGACCCAGAGGAAGAGUACGACCCCAGUAUGGGUUACGGAGCUGAGAAAGUCCUCCCGGCUGUUAAACAACCGGAGGUCGCAAAGCCUGCCGAAGCUACUGGUGAUACAGAGGUAGAUGACGUGGCCUACGACCCUGAGGACGACUCCAUGUUUGAUGACGUGAGCGUUGAAGGCGGAGGCAACUCUGCAGUAAUGAAAGAGCAGCAGAGAAUGCUGGACAACCUUAACAAACAAAUUGAAGAUCAAAAACGUCAGCUGGAGGAGCAGGAGGGAUCAUUACUCGCCUCUGUUCCAGACCCGCUGAUUUCCCAACCCACACAAUCGUUACUGUCCAGCAGCCAGUUGCUGCAGCUUGGUAAACAGGUGGAGGCGUUGGUAGGAAAGCCUUCAACUGUCCCAGUUAUCAACCAGAGGCGAGAUCCUAGGCAGAGCAGGGACCCCAGGCAAGCAGCAGCAGGUCGAAGGUCAACCACAGAAUCUGUUGAGAAAGAGGAGUCACCCCCUCAGGUAUCACUUCCUGUUGUUGAGGCGACACCCCCACAAAGUACUCCGCAGCAGACAGACACGGCACAGACACCACAAGAGGAAGUCAAGAUUGAAUCACUACCUUUCCUUGAAGCUGACAGUACAGACGUGUUGAUUCCCUUACUGGGUGAGAAGAUAGAGCCCAGCAUGGUGGAAGAAUACAUGCCUGCAGAGCCUGCUGUGAAAUCCACUGAGGUCAUUACUUCUGAGACUGAACCGGAGAACAACAGCUUUAGCAUUUGGCCCAAUUCUGCUAGCAUUUUAAAGGAGGUUAACGCCAGUCGAGAGAAAAUGGCAGAAGUUACUUCUCAUGCUCAAUCACAUGCCACAGCAUCGUCUGAGAGCAACCCUGUGCAGUCGAUUACCAGCUUGGCUAAUUUCUCUCAGGAUCUGAAUCAAGGCAGCUCAUCCGGUAUGGACUCUCAUACACCACAUAUGCCCCACAUGCCAAUACCCAGCACCCAAUCUGAUUACAACAGAGGUCCACAGGAUGUUCCACCACCCAUGUCCUACCAGCCAGUUGGUCCAGUUGGUCUUCCUCCAAUUCAUAGCAUGCUACCAAUGCAGGGACCGCCACCCAUUCAAGUGCCCCUACCCAUGCACGGCCCUCCUUCAAUGCAAGGCCCACAUCCAGCAAUGGGUGGUCCACCACCAAUGCAGGGGCCCCCACCCAUGCAAGGUCCUCCCCAUGUGCAGAGCGAUGGGUACCCACCUUUCUCCAACCAGUGGGGAGGUUCUCAGCAACCAUUUGACGGCCCAAGAGGUCCACCUCCACAAACUAUGAUGGCCCCGCGGGGUCUCCCACCUCCAUUCCCACCUCCUGGGGGCCCAAGAGGUCCCCCUCCUCAAAUGUUUGACAGCAAUAUGCCUCCACAGCACAUGGGGCCAAGAGGGGCACCCCCUGGUCAGUAUAUGGAAGGGCAUGCCCCCCCUCCUACCUACGAUGGGCAGAACAGCAUGAUGCCACCCAGGUUUGGUGGUCCCCCGCCACCUCCAUUCAACUUUUCUGGACCCAGAGGGCCUCUGCCGCCAUUCUCUGGCCCUCCACCCGUGCGCUUUGACAACCGAGCGCCCCCACCAGCCCAUUUCCAGGGACCGCGAGGCCCACCACCCCCUCACCACAUGGGCAGUGACCACAACUCCUCUAACUCCAUGAUGGACAUGCAGAGAGGCUCAGGCGACCAGUAUGACAAUGACGGUGGAGGGCCCUACCAGCCAGGUAUGGACCAGCACCAAGGACAAGCGCCAUCAUACAGAGACAAACAAGCCCCCUUGCAAGGUCCUCCUUACAGAGGACCCCCACCCAACGUAUAUGAUGGGCGCAGAGGUCCUCCUCCUGCUGGGGAGAUGCCAGGCCAACGAUUCCCUCCUCCAGGCCAGUUUCGGGGCUCCAGAGCCCCGUCACCACCCCGAAGGGGUUCUUUUGAAGACCAAAGGGGCCAUCCUCCUCCUCCUCAAGACUUCCCAGGCCACAGGGGGCCAGCACCACAGUUUGGUGGGCCUAGAGGUCCAAGCCCGACUGGACAUUUUUCAGAGAGCAAUUCAGGAGGUCCACCAAGGUAUCACUUUGACAACAGCCCCGGUGACAUAAGACCGGUCAGACACACGGGACCUCUGCUGCCUACUCCUCCCGAGGGCCCUAUUCCAUUACCAGGCCGCAUGGGAGGGCACAGCCCAGAGCCCCACCGGGACGACCACUGGCGGAGGCACUCCCCAGAGCUCAGGAGGAGGAGCAGCACCACCCGGGACGACUCCGAGCCACGAGAGAGGCCCAGCAGGUUUGAAGUUGGCCACCGUGACAGGCUGUCUGAAGAGAGGCAGCGGGAUCUCUCUGAGGACCGCAGGAGAGAGCGGGAGAGGGAGGGUCCCCACGGAGGCAGACAGUGGGACAGGGGAGACAGGGUCCAAGGCAAGCGCUGGAGCCGAGAACGCGAGUGGGAUCGUGGGAGGGAGCGAGAGAGGGAGAGGGACCGGAGCAGGGAGAGAGGAAGGGAAGGAAGGGAAGGAGAGAGGCACAGAGAACCGGACAGAGAUGCUGAGAGGCACAGAGAACCGGACAGAGAUGCAGAGAGGCACAGAGAACCGGACAGAGAUGCAGAGAGGCACAGAGAACCGGACAGAGAUGCAGAGAGGCACAGAGAACCGGACAGAGAUGCAGAGAGGCACAGAGAACCGGACAGAGAUGCUGACAAGAGGAGAGAGCGGGACAAGGAGCGAGAAAGAGAGCGUGACAAGGACAAGGAGCGGGACAAGGAGCGAGAAAGAGAGCGUGACAAGGACAAGGAGCGGGAAAGGGAUCGAGAUCGAGGCAGAGAGAGAGAGCCGGAACGCAGGGAUCACGACAGAGAUCGGGCCAAAAACAGAGACCGGGAGCGGGAACGAGACCGGGAACCGGACAGGCGACGAGAGCGGUCACGGAGCAGAGAGAGAGACCGGGGGAAGGACCGCGAUAGAGGAAGAGAGCGCGACCGAGACCGUGAUCGGGACAGGGAGAGAGACAGGGAAAAGGACAGACACAGACGGGAGAGAAGCAAAAGCAAAGAGCGUAGAGAUGACAAGAAAGAAGUCAGAUCCGAGGCUUCAAAGGACACAGAAAAAUCUGCUGAGCCCGAGACUGUUGCUGAUAAAGGCUCGUCCUGAUGGCCUUGUUUUUCUUUUUUAUACUGCAUCCUUGUUUGUUCUGCCCCACUGACACAUUUCUAAUUUCAGAACACGUAAGAGGACUGUGUAUUUUCUUUUUUGACAUGAGAAAGCACUCUUGUUGCUGUUUUGUAUUUACUUUUGCCUGCUCACCAACCUUUUAAGGUUUUUAUCUCUUUCUAAGUGAUCUUGUCCAGGUGCUCUGUAAGGAGGAAGUUGAAACCAUGUAGUACUUUACUGCUGUUCGGUAACCCUUUUAAAGUUGACCUGAAAACACUCAACAUGGUAAAGCUGGUGUAAAUAUGUAUGUAUUUGUAUAUACAGCUGUUUUUAAUUCUAUUUUUUUUCUACAUAGAGAAAUAAGCCAUAUAGCGUUCAUUGGUAUACACACAAGACUGAUGUAGUUGCCCUCAUCAAAGGUCAUUGUAUGCUUGUCUUUUCUACAUUUAAACACUGAAUGGAUGCAUCAUUGCGAUACUGUCAAGUAAUGCCACAUUUUGUUCACAGCUGGUCAAUUAAAACAUACUUCAAGUAUUGCA